AUGAAUGUUCUUUCUUCUUUGUUGGAUGCUUCUGCAAAAAAGGGAAUUUUUAGAUAUCACCCUAAGUGUAAGAGGGUUUCUCUUACACAUCUAUGCUUUGCUGAUGACCUUUUGGUGUUCUGCCAUGGCUCUUUGGACUCUGUGUUGGGUGUUUUAAGUACUCUAGAGGCUUUCUAUGAUCUAUCUGGUCUUAGGCUUAAUGCCCAGAAAACUGAGCUCUUUGCUUGUGGCUUAACUGACCCUGUUCUCCAGCUAAUUCAAUCUGGUACUGGAUUUAAAGUAGGUAUGCUUCUUGUUAAGUACCUUGGGGUACCUCUGGUCACUAGAAAGCUUUCUGGUAAGGACUGCUCUGCUCUGUUGACUAAGAUUAAAGAGAAACUUGGCAAAUGGUCUGAUAAGAAGCUGAGCUAUGGGGGCAGGCUUCAGCUCAUCAAAUCUCUAGAGAUGCCCAGAACUGUUGAUUUAUGGAAUGUUGAAUACAAGGCACAUUUUAGCUGGAUCAUAGCAAGGUUGCUUAAGAUGAGGAAUGAAGCUGCGAGCCUAUUCUGCUCCAAUAGUAAUUGGGAUCAAAUCAAAGCCAGCUGGAUAUGGGAUAGGAUUCGAAUUAGGGGUGAAAAGGUUUGCUGGCAUUGCCUUGUAUGGUUCCCUGGUCUCGUUCCAAAAUUUUCACUGAUUACAUGGAUGGCAAUCUUGGAUAGAUUGCCUACAAAUGACAGAUUAGCUAGAUUUGGUAUAGCUACAGAUGGUGUUUGUGGACUGUGUAGUUCUGGUCUGGAAACCCGUAAUCAUAUAUUCUCUGAGUGUACUUUUGCAAAUGAAACUUGGUGUGCUAUAUUGCUUCUAUGUGGCCUUAACCAGACGUCUCUUGGAUGGAAUGAUCUUUUGCAAUGGUUGUUGCUGAAUCUUAAAGGCAAAUCCUUAAUGGUGCAUAUGCUCAUGUUGGCCUGGAUUGGUUUUAUCUAUUGUAUUUGGGAGGAGCGGAAUCGUAGGCAGUUUAGAGGGGUGUAUUGCUCGGUUGAAACUAUUGUUAGUUGUGUUAAAGAAUCUGUGUGA